AUGGAUGUAUCGGCAAAGAUCAUGUCGUUCUCUCAGCACGGGACACGCGCGGUUUGCAUCCUUUCAGCAAAUGGCGCCAUAUCAAAUGUGACGCUUCGGCAAUCUUCUACUUCAGGCGGAACGGUGACAUACGAGGGUCGUUUCGAGAUACUGUCUCUGUCCGGUUCGUUUCUUCUAUCAGAGAAUGGUGGCCAUCGCAGUCGAACUGGUGGGCUCAGCGUUUCGCUAGCAGGCCCUGAUGGCCGUGUCCUGGGUGGUAGUGUUGCCGGACUUCUGACGGCUGCUUCACCGGUACAGAUCGUAGUCGGGAGCUUUGACGCCGAUGGAAAGAAGGAGCCGAAGCAGCAGAAGCUUGCUGCGUCACCGUCAGACCCAUCACCGGCGCCACUAAAGCUCGCGCCGACGAUGACGGGCGUGGCGGCAGGGCCGAGCAGCCCGCCGUCGAGAGGGACAUUGAGCCUGAGCGAGUCAUCCGGCGGCGCCCCGAGCCCGCCGCACGCAGGGGCCAGCAGCGGCGGCCAUGGGCAGCAGCAGCAGCCAGGGUGCUUCUCCGGCCUGUCCUGGAAAUGA